AUGGAGCAAUUAAAAGCAUUGACAAAAGGGCGCGCCAGACUCAAGGCCAAUAUCACACGGAGCUUGGCUUGGGCUGAGGACGCGCAACAUUCGAACGUUACACGGGCAGAGGUGUCUUCGCGGCUGGAGCAUCUCAACACAACAUGGAAAGACUUCAAUAGAUUUGGUGAUGAAAUAGCUAUGCUAGACGAAGUAGAUGGCUAUGUGGAUCCAGAGAAUGACAACAUAUUCUACGAGGAAAAAUAUCUAAGGGCACAUGCAUUACUUUCGGCGAUGGCUCCGAAUCUGGUACGAAAUUUGGCUAUCACGGAUUCAGCUUACAACACUGCGUGGGAGCGACUUAAUGAAAGAUAUAAUCGUCCACGGCAUAUCGUGAAUUCACUAUUGGAGCAGUUUACGAAGCUGCCAACAACAACAAGGUCGGAUACAGCAACAUUACGGAAGGUGUCAGACGGCGCAAAUGAAAUAGUGCGUGGUUUGGAUGCCAUAGAGGAAACAGGACGAGAUUGUUGGAUCAUCUACUUGACGCUGGAGAAGCUGGAUGCAGAUACUCGACGCAGGUGGAUCGAGCGCAGUGUGGAGACAGACUCACCCACACUGGAGGAAUUCUUCAUAUUUUUGGAUGCACGUUGCGAGGAACUAGAGCUCAGCAAGCGUGAAACAGUCGGAGGCAAGACUACAGCCUCAAUCGGUGACAAGACAAGGAAGGUCACACAUUCGCUGGUUGUACUUGCAGGAAACAAGUGCAGCAAAUUUCAUUCUACAGAGCAUCGUCUGCAUGGAUGCCAACAAUUCUUGGAUAUGUUAGCAGGACAAAGGUUUUCGUUUGCCAAGGAAAACGCUCUAUGUUACAAUUGUCUGAAUCCUGGUCAUGGGGUCAGAAAAUGCAAAUCCACGUUCAAGUGCAGGCAAUGUAAAGCUCAGCAUCACUCACUUUUGCACCUUCAACGCACGCAACAGGCUAUUGGAACAAUCGCUCAAACUGGUGAGGAUCAGGAGGAUCCUAGCGCACACUCAACGGUGACUACGAGUCACAUCGCACAAGCAGAAGGUUCUACAGCAAUUGCAUGUGCACAAGGCACCGCAAAUAUACAACAAUCAACUGGAUGGAACAGGAGCACCUUGCCUACGGCCAUGGUCAACGUUCGCAACGCAAAGGGAGAUUUGGUAGCAUGCCGACUCCUAUUGGACACUGGUUCAGAACUGUCGUACAUAUCUGAACGCUGUAUACAAACACUUGGUUUGGCUCGUACGCCAUCACGCAUACUGGUUACGGGAAUUUCAUCAAUCAAAGCAGACACUACAAGGGGAUGCAGCACUAUACGCAUCCAAUCCCGUAUUUUGCAAGAUCAGCUGGUAGUCCAGGCUCAUGUGCUUGGAAGGAUUACAUCAUCAUUGGAAAGGCAGGCCAUCGACGAGUCUGCACUUCGAGUUUUCAACGAUCUGCAACUGGCAGAUUCACAAUUUAGCACAAAUGCCCCAAUUGACAUUCUUUUGGGCAGCGAACCCGUUUGGAGCGUUAUAACUGUUAGAAAGAUCUACGACAACAAAGGAAAGCUCAUUGCUAUAUCAUCAAUUUUCGGAUGGGUAAUUACAUCACUGCUUUCAUCACGCGCAUGCAGCGCUACGGCACUUACAACAACAAUAGACAUCGAUGCUUAUCUCAGAAGGUUCUGGGAACUGGAAAGCAUACAACGCAAAGCAGAAGUUCAACCUGAAGACGAGGAGGUGGAGAAACACUUUCUUGCAACACACACUAGAGACGAACAAGGCAAGUACAUCGUGGAACUUCCGUUUAAAGUAUCCGAAACACAAUUCGCAGAUACACUUCAAGGAGCGCUGCAGAGGUUCAAAUCAGUUGAACGACGUUUGGCACAAAAUGAACAAUUACGUAACGACUACGUGAAGUUCAUGAGGGUAUACCAGGAGCUAGGACAUAUGCGAGAAAUCUUACCGAGCGAAAUUCCCAAGGGUUUAUUGGGUCGGAAACUUAGAGUGGUUUUUGACGGCUCAUAUCAAGACGCCAAAGGCAUGGCGUUAAACGACACGCUCUCGAUCGGACCGAGCAUUCAGCGAGACCUAUUUGCUGUGUGCUUGCGAUUCCGUAUGUACAAAUACGUCUUUUCAGAGGACAUAGUCAAGAUGUUCCGUUAA